GUGUAAUAUCAUGUGUGUCAAACGAUGAGCUCGGGCUAAGAUUGACAACAACUCGGUACCAAAAUUGAAGAUUGUGAAGCAGCGAUCGCACCAAGCAACCCUCACAAACUGAUUCUCGCGCCUACGCCGCGAACUUGUCACAAAAUGGCUUCAACCGCGAGCCGCCUACAAACCUACCCGUCCAAGCCGCGAGUGUUCAUCAUCUCGGACAUAUCAAACGAACCCGAUGAUGCUGAGUCCCUCUGCCGCUAUCUGCUCUAUUCCAACCAGUUCGACACAGAGGGCCUCGUGGCCUGCACGUCGACAUGGAUGAGGACAAAAGUCUGUCCACAGGACAUGAUCAAGAUUAUCAACGCCUACGCCGGCGCUGUGGACAACCUAAACAAGCACACACACCCCAACUUUCCCUAUCCGAGCGCUGAACACGUCCGCAGCCUCGUGCGAUCUGGGCCUCCUGUAUAUGGCAUGACAGCCGUAGGCGACGACAUCCCCAUAAGCGAGGGCGCCAAGCUGCUCGUGUCCCGGAUCGAGGCGGCCUUGGACCGGCCCCUGUGGGUACUAUGCUGGGGCGGCGCCAACGUGCUCGCGCAGGCGCUCCUAUCGAUCCGCAACACCCGCCCGGCUGCCGAGGCCGCGGCGCUCCGGGCGCGGGUGCGCGUGUACGCCAUCUCGGACCAGGACGACAGCGCGGGCUGGAUCCGGGCGCAGUUCCCGGACGUCUUCUACAUAGCGUCCGUCCACGCCUGGAACCAGUACGGCAUGGCGGCCUGGACCGGCAUCUCGGGCGACCGCUACUACGGCUUCGACUCGGGCGGGCCCGACUUCGACAAGGUGACCAAGGAGUGGAUACGCGAGCACAUUCAAAUUGGGCCCCUAGGCGGCGCGUACCCGGACUACAUGUUCAUUCCCGAAGGUGAUACGCCGACCUUCCUCUACCUGAUUCAGAACGGGCUGGGUGUGCCCGAGCACCCCGAGUAUGGGUCCUGGGGCGGGCGGUACGGACUGGUGGACGGGGCGCAGCGGGCCAGCGGCCAUUACGCCGACGAGGCCGACGUGGUGGUGGGCAAGGACGGGCGCAGACACACGUCGAGCCAGGCCACAAUCUGGCGGUGGCGCGACGCCUUCCAAAACGAUUUUGCGGCGCGCGUGCGCUGGACCAUGGCCCCAGACUUUAGCGGCGCCAACCACGCGCCCGUCGUGUACAUCGGGGACGACCCCGGGCCGGCGCCGGUGCUGCUCGAGGCCGAGGCCGGCACGACCCUGACGGUGGACGCGAGCAGGACGUACGACCCGGACGAGGGCGACGACGGGCUGGCGUUCAAGUGGUGGCACUACCGCGAGCCCAGCGCGACGCAGUGGGCGACGCACUUCGAGGUCGAGCCGCUGGGCAUCCGCAGGGUGGACGGCGAGGGCAGGGUUGUGGAGGUGACGCUGCCGCCGGCCGAGAAGUGCUGCGUGCAGCUCAUCAGCCGCGAGCCCAUGGCCAGGGGCCAGCUGCUGCAUCUGAUCCUGGAGGUGACGGACAGCGGGACGCCGGCGCUGACGACGUACAGGCGGAUCAUGAUCCAGACCACCAACAAGGAGCUGAAGGGCGGCGGCGGCGGCGGGGCCGAGGCUGUGGGGGAUGCCAUAAAGGCGAUGGUGGAGAGUCAGUCAUGAGGAGGCAAAGGAUUCCAAUGUGGGCGGGGAUGGGGUCCACAUGUGGGGCAGGGUCUAGACGCGGCGAACUUGGGGUCCUGCCCAAUUUGGAAAUCAUAACCACCAGACCGC